AAGAUGAGGAUGUCAUGCAGUGCUCUUCAGGAGAAAACCUAAUUUACCCUAAUGUACAUUUAGGACUUCACAGAACAGAUAUAUCCUAUAAUCCUCCUAAUCACGAGGAACCAUCUCCUGACAAAUCACAGAUUUUUACUGCAAGUACAAGUCAGAAAGAGGGUAAAAUAAUUCACUCUGGUAUAGAGUUUGCAAAAAGCUCAGGUCUUUCUACACACAUAGGAAUUCACACAGGAGAGAAAGAGGGUGAAAGGUUUCAGCCUGGUAAACAGUUCAAAAUAAGCUCACAUCUAAGAAUUCACACAAGGGAAAAAUCAUACUCCUGUUCAGAAUGUGGGAAGUGUUUUACAUAUAAAUCACAACUUAUUAUACAUGAAAGAAUUCACACAGGAGAGAAGCCAUAUUCAUGUUCAGAAUGUGGGAAAUGUUUUACAGUAAAAUCAAUUCUAGUUAAACAUGAGAGACGUCACACUGGAGAGAAGCCAUAUUCAUGUUCAGAAUGUGGGAAAUGUUUUACAGUAAAAUCAAUUCUAGUUAAACAUGUAAGAAUUCACACAGGAGAGAAGCUCUAUUCAUGUUCAGAAUGUGGGAAAUGUUUUACACAUAAAACAAAUCUUGUUAUACACGAGAGAAGUCAUACAGGAGAGAAACCAUAUUCAUGUUCAGAAUGUGGGAAAUGUUUUGCACAAAAAUCACAUUUCCUUAGACAUCAGAUGAUUCACACAGGAGAGAAGCCAUAUUCAUGUUCGGAAUGCGGGAAAGGUUUUACACAAAAAUACAAUCUUGUUCAACAUCAGAGAAUUCACACAGGGGAGAAGCCAUUUUCAUGUUCUAAAUGUAAGAAAUGUUUUACACAAAAAUCACAGUUUCUUACACAUCAGAGAAUUCACACUGGAGAGAAGACAUAUUGAUGUUCAGUGUGCGGGAAAUGUUUUACACAAAAAUACAAUCUUAUUGAACAUCACAGAUUUCACACAGCAUAGUAGCCAUACCAUGUUCAGAAUGUGGGAAGCACUUUUCAGAGAAAUCAAAUCCGGUUGAACAUUGUAGAAUUCACACAGGAGAGAAACUAUUUUCAAAUUUUUAAUAUAUUAAAUUUAGAGAUGAGCAAUUUUCAAAAAAAAAUUGGGGGAUCUGAUUCACUCAAAUUGUUAAUGCAACUAGAUUCUGAUCCAAAUAAAUUAUACAAGAAACUAAAGCGCUCUAAUUGCUUUGAAAAGUCUCUGUAUCUCUCUUUUUUUGAUUGUUCUGAAUCGAAUCACACAAAAUUUUAAUUUAGUAGAAUCAGAAUUUUUUGUAAAAGUCAAGUCGGACUUCAGAAAUUUAGAAUCCAUUUGCUCAUCACUAAUUAGGUUAUUUAUGCCACUUAAACAGCAAAUAAUAAGAGGGUGUAUUUUUUGAGUGGAAUUAGCCUGAAUCUUCCAGAUGACCAAAUUCUAUUUGUAAGAUAAACUGUG